AUGAACUUCGGAAAGGCCCCCAAAGGGGACCAGCUGAAGCAACAAACCCCUACCUAUCUUGUCGCACCAAACUUCAGCAUCGCCCCUCCUCCUCACGGUCCUCUUGAUUUUGGCACACUUGUUGACAGUUUAGACGACUACUACCCGAUUAAUCAAGGGUUAAAAAGCCGGAUCCCUUUGAACAAAGAACAACGCUACUCGGAAGUCAAGUCAGAUGUGACUACCAGCCUCAAAGAAACAAAGAGUGGCGAAGCAAACAUCCUUGCCAGGAUUCUCGGCCGUAGCCUUGGCGGCAACGCCGCUCUCGGAGGAAUGCGACACGAUGAGGACAUUUACACCAUCUCGAGACUGGAAACGGUCAACUUCUACCCGAACCGCGAAUACAUCGAUAAAUGCCUACAGCUUCGGGAUGUCAAAGACUAUAUGGAGGCGGCCAAAUACAAAAAACCUGUCUUUCUUAUUACAGGGCUUAAGAUUGCUUGGGGGGCAACCAUCUCCAACGCGCAUGGACAUGUGAUUGGUCAUAGCGCGGAGGUUAACGUGACAGUUCCCGCGGGGCCUCUCGACUUGCGAGUUGGUGCUUCCUCUCAACUAGCUAGUGGAUCUGGGGUUACGUCGGCCUUUCAGAAACCAGCGGACUUCGUAUUCGGGAUUCAGGUACAGAAGCUUCACUACAAGCAGAAGUAUCUCGGCCGUGAACGUGUCCUGAUGGUCGAAAGAGUGACUAGACAUGCGGUGCUUGUCGAUGACAACGAGGUACAAGUUGACGACGAGGAAUGGAAGGCAGUGGAGUACACUCUGGAGGACCUGGACGAUGACGAACUGGCUGGUCUGACAUCACAUACUGUCACUGACGCUGAAGGCCAUGAGGAGACCUGGUUUCUUCCCCUUGAUACGGCUUAG